CCGCCGCCGCCGCCGCCGCCGCCGCCGCCGCCCACGCAGCAGCCUGCGAGUCUGCCCGCGUCCACACCGCAAACAUGCCGCCCUACACCAUCGUCUACUUCCCAGUUCAAGGGCGCUGCGAGGCCAUGCGCAUGCUGCUGGCCGACCAGGGCCAGAGCUGGAAGGAGGAGGUGGUGAACCUGGAGACCUGGCUGCAGAGCCCCCUCAAGGCCUCCUGUCUGUACGGGCAGCUCCCCAAGUUUCAGGACGGAGACCUCACCCUGUACCAGUCCAAUGCCAUCCUGCGCCACCUGGGCCGCACCCUCGGGAUCUAUGGGAAGGACCAGCGGGAGGCCACCCUGCUGGACAUGGUGAAUGACGGUGUGGAGGACCUGCGCAUCAAGUACAUCACCCUCAUCUACACCAACUACGAUGCGGGCAAGGACAGCUACGUGAAGGCCCUGCCCGGGCACCUCAAGCCUUUUGAGACCCUGCUGUCCCAGAACCAGGACGGCAAGUCCUUCAUCGUGGGCGACCAGAUCUCCUUCGCCGACUACAACCUGCUGGACUUGUUGCUAACGCACCAGAUCCUGGCCCCCGGCUGCCUGGACGCCUUCCCCCUGCUCUCGGCCUACGUGGCCCGCCUCAGUGCCCGGCCCAAGCUCAAGGCCUUCCUGGCCUCGCCUGAACACGUGAACCGCCCCAUUAACGCCAACGGGAAAAAGUGAGGGUUUGUGGGACCUGCCGGAGGCCAGGCUGCCAAGACCAAUAAAAUUUUCUAGGGAGAA